CACAGAUCCUCACGUCUCUGACCAGUUCCCUCCUCAUUCUUAUAUAAAGAACCCUUCUCUCCUAAAACUUGUUAUAAACCAAGACGUUGAAAAGUAAACUAUAUUACCAAUGGGCAUAUCAGAUGAGAGAACCGAUCUUCAGCGACCAUUGAUAGAUCCAACGGACUCGGAGCGAAAACCUCUUAAGGACGUCGGACUCGAGAGCGUGUUAACGGAGAGUAGCCUCUCGUAUCGGUGGCGCGUGUACUUAGGCGCGUGCAUAGAGAUGAAACUACUUUUUCGGUUGGCACUUCCGGCGAUACUUGUGUAUUUAGUCAACAGCGGAAUGAGUAUCUCCGCUCGGAUAUUCGCCGGACGUAUCGGCGGUAUGGAACUCGCCGCCGCAUCCCUCGGAAACAGCUGUUUCUUUCUCGUCUAUGGUCUUAUGUUGGGUAUGGGAAGUGCAGUAGAGACACUUUGUGGACAAGCUUAUGGGGCACAACGGUACGAUUUACUUGGGAUCUAUCUCCAAAGAGCAACAAUUGUCCUCGCUCUUGUUGGUUUGCCCAUGACACUACUAUACACUUUCUCGUACCCGAUUCUACUCAUGUUAGGUGAGCCCAAAACGGUGUCGUACAUGGGUUCUAUGUACAUCGCCGGACUUAUCCCUCAGAUAUUCGCUUACGCCGUAAACUUCACUGCCCAAAAGUUCCUCCAGGCCCAAAGCGUGGUGAUCCCUAGCGCGUACAUCUCAGGCGCCGCUCUUCUCCUCCAGAUAUUGCUUACGUGGAUCACCGUUUACGUAAUGGGCAUGGGCCUUAUGGGAAUAGCUUGUGUUCUUACAAUCUCUUGGUGGGUUAUGGUUGUGGCACAGACUUUGUAUAUUACAACUAGUCGAAGGUUUAGACACACGUGGACUGGUCUUAGCUCGAAAUCGUUUCAAGGUCUUUGGAGUUUCUUUAAACUCUCUGCUGGCUCAGCUGUUAUGAUCUGUCUGGAAAUGUGGUAUUCACAGAUUCUGGUUCUUCUCGCUGGUUUGCUUAAAGAUCCUGCUCUCUCUCUAGAUUCUCUCUCCAUCUGUAUGUCAGUUUCAGCAUUAUCCUUCAUGGUCUCCGUCGGCUUCAAUGCGGCUGCAAGUGUAAGGACAAGUAAUGAGCUCGGAGCAGGAAAUCCGAAAUCGGCGUUAUUCUCUACAUGGACAGCGACUUUUGUUUCCUUCGUGAUAUCCCUCGCGGAGGCUCUCGCCCUGAUGAUGUCGCGUGAUUACGUCAGCUAUAUUUUCACGUCGGAUGCUGACGUGGCUAAAGCCGUCUCUGAGCUAUGUCCUUUUCUCGCCGUCACCAUAAUUCUCAACGGGAUCCAACCCGUCUUGUCCGGAGUGGCAGUGGGAUGUGGAUGGCAAACAUUUGUGGCAUAUGUGAAUGUUGGUUGUUACUAUAUUGUUGGUAUUCCCGUUGGUUGUAUCCUUGGUUUCACUUUCGAUUUUCAAGCCAAGGGAAUAUGGACCGGGAUGAUUGGAGGUACCCUCAUGCAAACCCUCAUCUUACUUUACGUCACCUAUCGAACAGAUUGGGAUAAAGAGGUGGAAAAAGCGAGAACUCGAUUGGAUAUGUGGGAUGAGAAGAAGGAGUCUCUCCAAAAUUAAUUGUAUAACAAGUGUGGAAGAGUGAAAUACCAAGAAAAAAAAGAAAAAAAGUGUGGUCUGUGGAGGUGGUUCUGAAGAUCCUUUUUCUGAAGCUUUUUGUAGGUAUAGACUUAUAAUAUAAUUAGAACACAAUUGUUCACUAUUUUUAUUUUCUUCGGAAUGGUAUUGUUAGCUAAUCUGAUGGAUUGGUUUCUUAAAUGCACUGAAAGUUGUUUUUUAAACUAGAUAUAUUGACUAUU